GCAACUUUUAGCAACAAAUUGACCUUCCUUUAGCAACUUUCUCUGAAAAUUAGUUGGCAACACUGCCUGGCAUUUGCCAACUGAAGCCCGAACAAGAAGAGUGUUUGGUUCGCAUUUUGAAUGGAGGUGAUGUUGUGGCCCUACUCCUGACAGGUUUUGGGAAAAGUUUUACUUAUCAACUGUUACCGAUCGUCAGCGAGAAAUUGGGGAGGCCAAAGUUCGGCAAGGCGAUAAUUGUGGAUGUGUAGAUUUACUUCACAUAAUCUGCAAAAGUCGUUCACAGCCAUCUUCACUCCGGUAUUUCGCUCGAUGGUUUUGUUUUCGCCGCAUACCUGUGUUUACAGCGGAAGUUCAAGGCGGCUGAGCCGGCGAAUAACAUACGUCAUAACCAACCGUUAUGUGAUUGGCUUAUGGGUACACCAAUGAUUUUAAACUUCAGACAAGCGCCCGCCCACGAGAAAGUUAACGCUUUGUUCCAGACUCUGUCUACGAAGCAAAGCGAAGUAGCAGAGUUUGGUAUUGCCAGGCUACAAAUAUACCCCAGCAACUUAAGACUGCUUUUGUGGUCCAGGGUCACAUUUGAUUAAUGAUCCAAAACAAGUGUCUUGAAAAAAGUUAGACCUGCUACACAUCACACAUGCCAGACACCUCUUGAUCUUGACAGCCAGUGUUACGAAGAGAAACUCUAUUAUGAGAAAGAUCGAGAAGCAUGGCAGAAGAAGAGAGAGAGAUCCAGCAUUAAUGACUGCAUAUGAAAACGUUUUGGGUCACCAUCUAAUCACUUCUGAAACUGAUUGGACCCUUCAAAGCACAGCAAGCGCUUUUGAUUUGUGUCUGUGUUUGUUCCAAAAACCCACCCACUCCUUCAUUAAACAUCACUUCCCGAGUGAGGAUUUGCUUCUUAAAUUUUCAUUAAAUGCAAUAUGGCCUGAGGACUCAGACACACUAAUACCACACACAUAAGAGCAUCGAGACUGACUCUUCUGUCACAGUGAGAAGCUGGGCGUGAAAGUGUUUAUCUGGGGCUUUGGGAUUAUCAAUGAGCAAAUUACCUCUGAUCCAGCAGAGGGUCUCAGGCAGACUGUGCGCGUCUGCCAGGGACUGAAGACUCCCUCUCUAGGGCUUAGGAAGGAUGGGAGAAAUGAGGGACAAAUGACUGCACUUUAUUUUGAUGUAACGCAUGUAGUCUAUUCUUAACGGCUCAUUAUUGAUACUUCUUUUUGAUAUGAGGCCCCUCCUCUUUUCCUUUGGAGUAUCAGUGUGAGCUUGUUUUGUUUGAGAGUGGUGGCUCAUGCUGAAAGAGGCAGAGAGCUCUUCUCCCAGGAGGAUUCGUCUCACUACCAGCCCUUCAUUGCUCUGCCCGGGUGACUUUUCCUCCAGCUGCACCCAUGACUCUCCAGAACUGCAUGCUGCACAUAUAUGGACUGUAUUACUUCUUGGCAUUGCUGACACUUCUCAUGUCACAAGCUGACGGGCUGCAAUGCUACGCCUGUAACAUCGUGCAUAACCAGAGGUAUGUGGACGUAGGAUGUUCCAGCCCCGAAGUCAUCACCUGCUCCCACUCCCACAAGGGCUUCAAGCAUCGCUUCUGCAUCAGAACUGAAAGUGUUGCAUUGGGAGUCAUGCUGACCAGUGGCUGCGCUACAGCACGACACUGCCACACGGAGGAGCUGCCGGGAGUCAACAUCCACUGCUGCGACUCUGAUCUGUGCAACAGCGCCACGCUCUGGCGGACAACCACACUGCUGCCUAUUUGCUCAUUGACGUUUUCUCUAUUGUUUCAAAGGUUGAUACUGUGGACGGAAUAACUUUGAAAUUUGAACCUCCCGACAAAAUCGCGGCAGCUACGCUUCCGAUGCAUGACAUACAGGAUGGAACUUGCAAAUAGGCUACUACUAUAAAAGAUAUGAACACAGACAGUGGAGUAUUAGGCCUAUGUGUGGAUAAACCACCUUCACUUAGCAUCGUUCUCUUUGGAUCAUUAGCUAAAUCAUUCAAAAAAAAAAAAAAAAAAACCAUCACUGUAAACAUCACAAGGACUUUUAUAUGGCCAACAAGAAAAAUAUUUUUUAACCAUUUGUUUCAUUUUGAAGCAUUUUGCUCAGCCAAAAAUGAGAACUGAUGCUCUUUAUAAUAUGUGUGAAAAUGUAUGUUCAGGAAUUGUAUCCUGUUUAAGGCCCUAUUUUCUUGCAUAUUUCUUUUAACCAACUGAUCGCAAGCUGAUUUUUAGUGGAUGUGCUCACUGUAUGAAGUCUGUCACUCAAGUUCACAUGUCCUAGCAGAGUAAUCAGGUUUAGAUUAGCACAUUAUUUUUGAACAUAAUGCACUUUUGACAAGUUGUCUUUAUUUCAUACUUCUUUGUCUUUAAUUCAUAUUCAUAUAAAAGACCUCUAUAUGCGCCGCAUAUUGCAAGAUUCCAUUACUGGAUGAGUAGGCCUACAUUAAAAUGUUGUUGUCUUACCUCAAUUUUUUUGAGCUGUCGGGUUGAAUUUCGCAGUUAAUUCUUGACUUAAGCUACGUCAUAUCCAUAAACACUAAAGGUCUGGGCCCAUAUUCACAAAACAUCUUAAGGCUAAAAGUAGCUCAUAACUCACCGAUUUAGGAGAAAAUCUUAAAAUUAAUGGGUGUGUCAGUCCUAAAUGUAGGACUCCUAAAUGUUUGCUCUAAGAGUAUUUCACAAAGUGUUUUAGCGCUAACAAAUCUGUGAAACGUUAGGAGUAGUGAAGAUGAUUCCUAAGUCACUAAGACCAAGCCACAAACUAUCCUAAAAUGGCUGUUGCAGGCAAACUGCCUCAGAAUGUAAACAUUUUGCAAACAUGCUGCAUUUACACGUUUUCACAUGCAUCUUUUUUUGGUUUUGGAGGCUAUCCCAACUUUUGCGUCCAGUUUGGUUUUCUUUUUCUAUUGCAUGUCUUACUAUCAGCCAUGAUUAUUCCACUCUGUUAAUUAAAAAGCUGUUUAUAUGCAUAUCCACUAACUGUUAACAAGAAGCACACAUGUAAGAGGCUGACAAUUAGCUGAACAUAUACUUGUUUAUUUAGUGACACUUAGCCUGCAUUUUAAAAUCUUUAUUUGAAUGUGGCAAUUAACAUUUUUAUUUUUAAACCUUCAUUUGA